AUGACCAAGCUCUUUUGGGCCCUGCCCGCAAUCGUCCAGCUCGUGCUGGCGAGCCAGAGUUCCUUCAGCGUGCUGGAUGACCUGCUCGCAUUCCCCCAGUACCAAAUCGUCUUCACCGACGCCGCCAUCGCCGAGGACUACGCGCGGUCGCUGCACGCCGCGUCGCCGUCGAAACAACAGCAGCCCAUCGCCGACGCCGCCGCCGCGCAGACCACCGUCGAGCUCUCGCACCACCAACCGCCGCGCGAAGGCGACGCAAACGACGGCCAUGACGAGCACUUCCGCGAGGCCGCCAAUGCGCCACAUGCACCGCCGCCGCCGCCGCCGCCGCACGCCAAUCCCUUCAUGACGAAAGACUCCAACGACGACCCCGACGCCGACCUCGCCGCGACCUACGAACUCCUCACCCUCCACGCGCGCCCCUACCUCUGCCGCGUCCCCAUCGUCCCCACCCCCAACGCCACCGUCGACGACGAGAACGCCGAGGACCACCACACCGCGGCCUCCAAAGCCGCCGAGGAAGCGAAGGAGCUCGCGCGCGCCAGCGAUCGUGGCUGGGAGCUCUUGAAGGGGAUGCAGGGAAACUGCAUCUAUUUCUUGAGCGGCUGGUGGAGCUAUAGCUUCUGCUACAACGAGGGCGUGAAGCAGUUCCAUCAGCUGCCCCCGAGUCGCGGCGUCCCGGUGUAUCCGCCCGUCGAGGAUCCGAAUGUGCACAGUUUUACGUUGGGGACGUUUCCGACAGGGAAGGAGGAGGGUGGGGGUGAGGGGAGUGGCACCGAGUUCGAUGACGAGGGGGUGCCGGUCGAGGCGGGAGCGAAGGGAGAGACGGGCGUGGCGAGGUUGGAGACGAAGGGCGAGACGAGGUACUUGGUGCAGAAGCUGACGGGGGGGACGACGUGCGAUUUGACGGGGAAAGAGCGGAAGAUCGAGGUGCAGUUCCACUGCCACCCCAACACCCCGGACCGCAUCGGCAUGAUCAAAGAGGUCGCAACGUGCUCGUACCUCAUGGUCAUCUACACGCCCCGCCUCUGCAACGACGUCGCCUUCCUCCCACCGCAGGAAAACCGCGCCCACGCCAUCUCGUGCGCCCCCAUCGCCUCCUCCCACGGCGACACCGCCGCCGCCGUCGUGCCCCCCUCCUCCCCGCGUGACCGCCGCUACCGCCACAAGUCCAACCCCAACCACGUCCUCCACCAAGACGCCUCCACCGAAACCGACAUCGAGCUCCCCGACGCCCUCAAGUACCCAGCCUCCGACAACAACAACAACGGCCAACAUCAACACCAACAACCCCCCUCCCCACCCCCCCUCCCCACCAUCGGCGGCAUCCCCGUCGGCGCCCAAUCCCUCGUCGGCAAGCCCGGCUCCGUCAUCGAAAAGUCGGCCGUCGCCGGCGGCGGCAAGACGGUCCUGCUGGGCGUCGUGGCCGAGUCGGACGGCGAACGGCGCGGCGAACGCGGCGGUGGCGCCACCGGAGGCGAACGCAUCAUGGACGCGGAACAGUUGAAGAAGCUGAAGAUCGACGACCCGAAGGAGGUGGAGAAGCUGGCGAAGCAGCUGGCCAAGUGGGCCAAGGGCAAGGCGUGGCGGUUGGAGUUGGUGGAGACGCCGAGGGGGGGAAGGGAGUUUAGGGGGAUUAUUGGGGAGGAUGAGGGCGAGGAUCAGGAGGGGGAGGAGGGGGAGGGGCACGGGGGAAACGGUGGGGGUGGGGGGGAGGGUGAGGGACGAGACGGGGGGUAUGAGGAGGGGGAUGCGGAGAUGUGGGAUGAGUGGGAGUGGGAGUGGCUUGGGGGGGAGGGGGAGGAGUGGGAGGGUGGUCAGGGUGGUGGUGAUCGGUUUGAUGAUGGGGGAGAUGAUGGCGGGGAUGAUGGCGGGGAUGGGGAUGGGGAUGGGGCUGGGGGUGCGGGGAGUGAGGAGGGGUAUUAUGAGGAGUUGUAG